AUGCCACUCUCUCUCGAGACCUCCGUGGCCUCGAGCACUAUGCCAAGGUCACCUUUCAUGCUCCCAGAGCUUGAUCGCCUCAUAGCCAGUCACCUCGACCAGGACGCACUGGCCAAUGCCUCGCGCGUCUGCAGGCUCUGGCACUCCAUCUUCAACCCCAUCCUCUGGAAGCAGCUCUCGCUAAAGCACAUUGUCGACGACGACGACUACGAUGAGGACUUUAAUUUCGUUUCGCGUGUAACACCUCAAUCGCCUUUACUCUCUCCGCCCUCGUCCUGCUCCUCCACCUGGUCGGCCAUGUCCAUGGGCUCACCUGCUUCGCCCACAAGUCCCGUCUCGGCCUCUUUCCCAAGGCUUUCGCUGCUCCAGCAGGCGUUUAUACAUUCGAGCCGCAAUAAGGUCCUGAAGGGCCUUCUCCGACACGGACAUCUGGUCCACGAGCUCAAGGCCACUGGUAUCACAGAUCAGGAGAUGGCUGUGAUCGGCAUCUUGUGCACCCAUCUUCGCGUCCUGGAAAUGAUUGGAGGUCGUUACACCGCCGAAGAUCUCACGAGCCUUUUCAAGCUGCGACGAGACACGAUCCAAGUCGUCCGCUUCCGAUCGUGUGUCCAACUCAGGGAUAUCUUUCAACCCAUGCGGCAGCUCUCGAACCUGAGGGAAUUUGAGCUGUAUGGUUCGUUUGUUGGCAAUACGAUCACAUCGCCUUAUUUCUUUGACCGCGAUCUUUUUCCGAUGCUGCAGGCCUGUCCCCAGCUGCGCUCGAUUCUGAUCGAGCAGGUCUACAUUGUGGAUCAGAAUGUUGAUCAAGGCGGUAGCGGAUGGGAUGGUGGCGGUGGCAGCAAUGAAAUUCCACACCAAAACCAGGCUAGUGAUAUGAUAAUGAUGACCGCAGCGACAGCGCAAUCUUCGUCGUCUUUGGCCUUAUCUCUAGCGCAAACUUCGAUGCUCUCUGCGCAAUUGAGAUCAUCCCCGAUCGGCCAGCCUAUGCGCAACAAUCCUCGGAUUUAUUCUACCCCGACAUCCUCACUAAAAUCGCUUACGCUCGAUUGCGGUGACAUUCCGGAUUCCGUCAUCAACGCCCUUUUGUCACGCUGCCCACUACUGGAAAGUCUCUCCUUGGGCUGGAGUCGCAAUCUAUCGGAUGCCACCCUCCUUUUGCUCCACCGAUUUUGCCCCAACUUGACAGAGAUCUCACUCUACCGAUGUGAUGAGCUGUCCUCAGACGGAUACAAGGCCCUAUUUCGAAACUAUCCCAACCUGUCCUCCAUCGAUCUGGACGGCAACGUGCUUUCGGACAGUGUCCUAGAAGAAUUGUCGAGGUCGUGUCGAUUCCUUCGGCAUUUGAGCAUCAACUCAUGCCAGAACGUAACGGAUCUGGGCAUUCAGGCCAUUCUCUUGAACUGCGCCUAUCUGUCCUCAUUCAGUCUGCGAUUCAUCUCCGGACUGUCCAGUGCGCUCUUUGAUGACACCACAGGAAUGCCGCUCUUACCGUCAUCAAAAUCAUCGCCACCAUCGCCAUCAUCGUCGAGUCUCUCUUCGUCACCCUCUUUUGUUGCGCGGCUCAUGUCCGAGCCUGGUCCCUACCGUCGUUGGGCCUGUCAAGAGACACUGGAAUCACUCUAUCUGCCGGAUCUUACCUUGUUCAAUAAUAACCUCGUCGAUAUAUGGCGUCGACAAAGGGAGAUCCCUACCAAUAACGACAGAGUGAUGCUUAAGGACGACCAGCUGAUCCAGUCGCGUCUCCGGGAGCUUCGGAAGCUCAGACAUCUUACGAUUGGUGGACAGGGACUGGAUCUGCGCGUCGCUUUAGACGGAUUGAAGAGUCCGCGAGAUCUGGAAGCCCUUAGGAUCACGAAGCUGAAGCGGACAAUGACGUGUGAUGAUGCUCAGUGGUUGGUGGAGCAGGCAGCGCCGAAUCUAAAGAGACUAGCAAUACCCGUAUUUGGAAACCGUGCACUGAUGGAUUGGAUGGAAGAUCGGCGACCAGGUCUGUUGUCCUCUGAUAAAUAA